AGGGGGGAGGGUCAGAGAGAGAAGCAGACUCCCUGACGAGCAGGGAGCCCGAUGCGGGACUCGAUCCCGGGACUCCAGGAUCAUGACCCGAGCCGAAGGCAGUCGCUUAACCAACUGAGCCACCCAGGUGCCCCAAAAGCUUUAUUUUUCUUAAAGCAGUGGUUCACAAACUAUGGUCCCUUGACCAGCAACAUCACCUGGGAACUUAGAAAUACAACACACCAACUGAAUCAGAAACUGGGAAUUUGGCCCAGUAGUCUUUUACCAAGAUGUAUGUAUGGGUAAUCAUGCUGCAAUCUAAGGUUUGAGAGCUACUUCCUUAAAGUAAUCAAGGACUAGUGGAAUGUUUUAAGUGGAAGAUAAAAGGAUUAUACUUGUAUUUGGAAAGAUCAAUAUAGCUGCAGUUAGGGAAUUGGUUGGAGGCACCAUUAUGGAGUAGAAAAGGGGCUCAUACAAUCGUGGGAAGAGAGAAAUGGAUAGUUUAACUAGGGUGGUAGCAGUGCCUACGAAACUGGUUCUGUUAACUUUAUAGUCUGUUAAUGGCUUUAUUCUGAAAAGUAGGGAAAACGGACCAGGGUGUGCACUUGGAAUAAGUGGGACACGAUGAUGCCUGCAGUGAGUACCUAUUUUAUGUUCCUUGAACCCGACUGAGUCCUUUUUAUGCACAUACUUUUUUAAAAGUUUUGUAUUUUUUCUUGAUUUUUGUUUUCCCAUUAUGCUUUGCAAUUUACUGUUACAUUGGGCAAGAGUCUUAAAACUUCCUUCAGCCCCAGUUUUCUAAUCUCUGACCAUUCUAUGCAGCCUCACCCCAAACCCUACGCACUCCACAUCUUGUUUAGCAUACUCAGAAGUACCCGUCUUGGGGGUGCCUGGCUGGCUCCGUCUGAGGAGCCUGCGAUUCUUGAUCUGGGGGUUGUGAAUUUGAGCCCCACGUGGGGUGUAGAAAUUACUUAAAUAAAUAAAACUUAAAGUACUCAUUUUGAAAGUAUUUUUUUUUUAAGAUUUUAUUUAUUUAUUACCUAGAGAGCAAGAGAGUGAACACAAGCAGGGGGAACAGCAGGCAGAGGGAGAAGAAGCAGGCUCCCCACUGAGCAAGGAGCCUGAUGUGGGAUUCGAUCCCAGUAUCCUGGGAUCAUGACCUGAGCCGAAGGCAGACACUUAACCGACUGAGCCACUCAGGCACCCUCCAUUUUGGAAGUAUUAAACAGGAAUUGGAAGUCACUGAAGCCUUAGUCAUUAGCUAUGAUAACAUAAUGUGGGCAAGUAAAAAGAGUAGAGACUAUGCUUUUAUUUUGUAGUUCUGUGUUACUGGAAUUCAUUACAAGUUGAAUGUAUUUUAACAUAAAAUUAAAGGUGUAUUUUAAAAUUUUGAAACUCCUCUCUUGUGCCUCCAAAAUUUGUGUAAGAAAAUUUCCUACAUCACAUUAUACGGAGCCUGGUGAAAGUUAAUGCCUUUACCAGCCAUGAAGGACUUAGCAACUAUAUGAGACAUAGCAACUUUGAGAUUUAGUAUCAGUACUUUUUUUUUUUUUAAGAUUUUAUUUAUUUAUUCAUGAGAGAGAGAGGCAGAGGGAGAAGCAGGCUCCCAAGCAGCAGGGAGCCCGAUGCGGGACUCGAUCCCAGGACCCUGAGAUCAUGACCUGAGCCGAAGGCAGACGCUUAACCAUCUGAGCCACCCAGGCGCCCAGUACUUUUUUUUUUUUUAAAGAUUUUAUUUAUUUAUCUGACAGAGAGAGCGAGAGCAGGAACACAAGCAGGGGGAGUGGGAGAGGGAGAAGCACGCCUCCCACCGAGCAGGGAGCCCGACGCGGGACUCAGUCCCAGGACCCCGGGAUCACGACCCGAGCUGAAGGCAGACGCUUAACGACUGAGCCGCCCAGGCGCCCCAGUACUUUUUAUAUGAAAGAUUCCUAAUCUUGGACCUACAGCUACUUGCUUGAACAGGAAAGUCAUCAUGUCUGACUCUACAUCAUUGAGUGGGAAGAACAGCAGCCCAGCAGAUAUGUUCUAGUAUGCAAAGACUACAGCCUGUGGAGUAUUCUUGGCAACAGACUCUAGAGCUAAGGGGCAGAGAAAUAAACAGGUUUGUAUAGGCUCUCAUCAACAUGCCAAUCUAGUGAAACUGAAAGUGGGUCAGUUUUCAAGGUCUGGGAGGAUAUCAUCCACUGUCCUCUGGGUCUUGUGUGGUAGAGAGCCAGGCUUUACUAAAGGACAUACUAUCUUACCCACCACCUUUGUUCAGGGCUCAAUGGAGUUUGUGACAGCCCUGGCAGACCUCCAAACAGGGGCUAGCUGUCCCAUCUGUCUGGACUACUUGAAAGAGCCAGUGACCAUCAACUGUGGGCAUAACUUCUGUCUCUCCUGCAUCAGUAUGUUCUGGAAGGAUCUAAAUGAUACUUUCCCCUGCCCCUUUUGCCAUUACUGCUCUUCAGAAAGGAAAUUUGUGAACAAUCCCCAGCUGGGCAAUCUGAUUGAAAUUGCUAAGCUACUACAGAUAAGAAGAAGCAAGAGGAAGAGGAAGGAAGAGAAGCUUAUGUGUGAAAAACAUGAUCAGAUUUUGACCUUUUUCUGUCAGAAGGACCUAGAAGUUUUAUGCCCACAGUGUAGUUUCUCCACUGAUCACCGGGAUCACUAUAUUUGGCCCAUAGAGAAGGCUGCUGCCUAUCAUAGGAAAAGAUUGCAUAAUUGCAUUGAACCAUGGAAGGAGAGAGUAGAACAAGUUGAAAAGGUGAUAACUAUGCAAAGCAGAAAAUCAUUGGAACUGAAAAAGAAGAUACAAUGUAGGAGAGAGGAAAUAAAGUCUGAAUUUGAGCAAAUUUUGUUGUUUCUCAAAAAUGAGCAAGAGAUUGUUCUACGGCAAUUACGAGAUGAAGAAAUGGAUAUUUUAACAAAGCUAAGUGAAAAUCUAACCACAUUUUCAAAUCAUCUUUCCACAUUAAAACAUCUAUCAAAGGAGAUAGAGGGCAAACAUAUGAAGUCAGAGCUGGAAUUACUGACAGGUGUUGAAAGUAUCUACCAUAGAUAUAAAACCUUAAAGUCCCCUGAACCUUUUUCAUUCCAGUUAAAGGAAUAUGGUUACCAUCUUGCUCCACAAUAUUCUGGCCUAAAUAAAAUUAUCAACAGAUUUCAAGUGCAUAUAAUUCUAGAUCCUGAAACAGCACAUCGUAAGCUUAUUGUCUCAGAAGAUAGAAAAACUGUGCAAUAUGGAAAUAAAAGGCAUAACUUACCUCAUAACCCAAGGAGGUUUUAUCUCUGCCCAGCUGUUCUGGGUUCUAGGGGUUAUAAUUCUGGCAGGCAGUAUUGGGAGGUGGAAGUAAAAGACAAGCCUGAAUGGAUCAUGGGUGUCUGUAAAGACUCUCUUCCCAGAAGGAGAAAGAAUCAGAAUCAACCAGUUUUAGCACAGGAUGGAUUAUGGGGUGUUGGACGAUGUAGUCAGAGUAAUUUUAUUGCAUUGGGUCCUAAAAAAACUAAUCUUCUGCCAAAAGUAAUACCUAGAAAGAUUGGCAUUUUUUUAGACUGUGAAUUGUGUGAGGUUUCCUUUUACAAUUUGAGUGAUAGAUCCCUUCUCUAUAUUUUUAACUAUUACUUUACAGAAACACUUUGGCCUUAUUUCUAUACUGGAACUGACUCAAAACCUCUCAAAAUCUGUACAGUAACAGAUUCUGAACGAUGAAUUACUGUAAAACUUAAUUUUUUUGUUUGUUUCAGGUAGUGGACAAAACUAAGCCAGUGAAUCUAGUCUCAACAGUUCUGUUGUGGUUUUUGUUGUUAGCUUUUUGUUUUUGUUUUGUUUUAGUUUUAGUUUUUCCUUUAAACAACCAGAAUGAUUUUAUCUUAGUUUCAGCAGUUUCUAUAAAAUGUGGUUAUAGGGUACUUGGCUGGCUCAGACAGUACCGCAUGCAACUCUUGAUCUCAGGUUGUGAGUUUGAGCCCCACAUUGAGGGUAUAGUUUAUUUUUUUUUUUAAAUGUGGUUAUAAUGAGACAGAAGAAAGAAAAAUUAAGGAUUGAUCCCAUUUACAGUUGCACCCCAAACCAUAAGAUACUUAGGAAUAAACCUAACCAGAGGCAAAGGAUCUGUACUCAGAAAACUAUAGCACACUCAUGAAAGAAAUUGAGGAAGACACAAAGAAAUGGAAAAAUGUUCCAUGAUCAGGGAUUGGAAGAACAAAUAUUGUUAAAAUGUCUAUGCUACCUAGGGCAAUGUACACAUUCAAUGCAAUCCCUAUCAAAAUAUCAUCAACUUUUUUCACAGAGCUGGAACAAAUAAUCCUAAAAUUUGUAUGGAACCAGAAAAUACCCCAAAUAGCCAGAGGAAUGUUGAAAAGGAAGAACAAAGCUGGUGCCAUCACAAUUCCGGACUUCAAGCUCUAUUACAAAGCUGCAAUCCAGACAGUAUGGUACCGGCACAAAGACAGAGAUCAGUGGAACAGAAUAGAGAGCCCAGAAAUGGACCCUCCACUCUAUGGUCAACUAAUCUUGGACAAAGCAGGAAAGAUUGGCCAAUGGAAAAACAGUCUCUUGAACAAAUGGUGUUGGGAAAAUUGGACAGCCACAUGCAGAAGAAUGAAACUGGACCAUUUCCUUACACACAAAAAUAGACUCAAAAUGGAUGAAACACCUAAAUGUGAGACAGGACUCCAUCAAAAUCCUAGAGGAGAACACAGGCAGCAACCUCUUCCCCUGCCUGCCAUUCCCCCUGCUUGUGCUCUCUCUCUGUCAAAUAAAUAAAUAAAAUAUUUUUGAAAAAAGAUUUUAUUUUUUUAAAGAUUUUAUUUAUUUAUUUGAGAGAGAGAGAAUGAGAGAGAGCAAGCACAUGAGAGGGGGGAGGGUCAGAGGGAGAAGCAGACUCCCUGCUGAGCAGGGAGCCCGAUGCAGGACUCGAUCCAGGGACUCCAAGAUCGUUACCUGAGCCAAAGGCAGUUGCUUAACCAACUGAACCACCCAGGCGCCCAAAAGAUUUUAUUUUUAAGUGAUCUCCAUACCCAACAUACGGCUUAAACUCACAACCUCAAGAUGGAGUUGCAUGCUCCACUGACCGAGACAACCAGGCACCCCUUCCAAGACUUUCAAAUCUGAAAGUAUCUCUAGUCUAUCCUGAUCUUUAAAAGUUUAUCAGUUUCUGGUUUUGAAAUAAUUUACUAUUAUAUAUUUUUAGUAUAUUUUUAUUAUGUUUGUCACCAUACAGUACAUCAUUAGUUUUUGAUGUAGUGUUCCAUGAUUCAUUGUUUGCAUAUAACACGCAGGGCUCCAUGCAAUAUGUGCCCUCCUCAAUACCCAUCGCUGGACCAACCUAUCCUCCCAGCCCCCUCCCCUCUAUAACCUUCAGUUUCUUUCUUGGAGUCCAUAGUGUCUCAUGGUUUGUCUUCCCCCUCUGAUUCCCACCCUUCAUUUUUCCCUUCCUUCUCCUAAUGUCCUCUAUGCUAUUCCUUAUGUUCCACAAAUAAGUGAAACCAUUUGAUAAUUGACUUUCUCUGCUUGACGUAUUUCACUUAGGAUAAUCUCCUCCAGUCCCAUCCAUGUUGAUGUAAAAGGUGGGUAUUCAUCCUUUCUGAUGGCUGAGUAAUAUUCCAUUGGAUAUGUGGACCACAUCUUCUUUAUCCAUUCAUCUGUUGAAGGGCAUCUCGGCUCUUUCCACAGUUUGGCUGUUGUGGACAUGGCUGCUAUGAACAUUGGGGUGCAUGUGCCCCUUUUCACUACAUCUGUGUCUUUGGGGUAAAUACCCAGUAGUGCAAUUGCUGGGUCAUAGGGUAGCUCUAUUUUUAAUUUUCUGAGGUACCUCCACACUGUUUUCCAAAGUGGCUGUACCAACUUGCAUUCCCACCAGCAGUGUAAGAGGGUUCCCUUUCUCCACAACCUCUCCAACAUUUGUUGUUUCUUGUUAAUUUUUGCCAUUCUAACUGGUGUAAGGUGGUAUCUCAAUGUGGUUUUGAUUUGAAUUUCCCUGAUGUCUAAUGAUGAACAUUUUUUCAUGUGUCUGUUAAGUAUGUCUUCUUUGGAGAAGUGUCUGUUCAUGUCUUAUUUUUAGCAUUUUUUUGUUGCAAAAUAAACCGUUAUG